AUGUGUGCGAUGAAAGCGGAAAGUUGGGCGGCGGCGCUUGGGCCGAAGACGGAUGGUCGUCGAGGGAAUCCGGCGACGCCGUGCACGUCUUCUGCCCCUCCGACGGCCUAUCAACUUCCACUCUGCAACAUUUUCGUUUUUUUUUGCAUCGUUUCUUUUAUUUUGUGUUCCCAUUUUGAUGAGUAAAAAAUCAGCUACCAAACGUGCAGGUAUUAUUCGAUGCACUAUGAAAUAGAUUUUUCUUUCUUUUAGUAUUGCAUUCACACAAUAAAACUGCGAAUAAACGUUCUGUAGAAAAUGAGCUUUUCGUGAUGUAUUCAGCGGUUUAUUGAUUCACACUAAAUCGAAAGUUUUUUUGAUUUUAAUUUCACUGUCCUAAUUUUCAAAAAAAUUGACAAUUUUUCUCCACUGAAAUAGCCAUCAAUUUCUUUUUUUCUUCGCCUUUUGUUGAACUUUUUAGAAAAUUAAAAAAAGUCUAACAAAAUGGUCAACUCUUUAAGUAAGUUUGUCAACUCUCAACUCUUUUAGUAAGCUUCCAGAUAUAGACAUCUGUAUUGGGUAACUCGCAUAAAAUAUCUAAUAUUUACAUUGGAAAGGAAGAGAGGGUUAGGGUAAGGUUGGAUGAUUUUUAGCCAUUGGUUCGGAACUUUAUUUGGUAUGGCGAGAACAUCUGCCGAGCACUUUUGAAAGUUCAAAAAAUGCACCGUUAGAAUCAAAACAAAUAUUUGUUGUUCCUUGUUUUCCUGGAAUACCCAGUUUAUUUUUUUGCUUUCCUUAAUCUCGUCUCAAACUUUGACAUUACUUGAUGGAUUGGGUAACACAAGGCCUCAGCUGCUACCGAAAAUUUUUCUAAAAAAAAUUUGGAUCCGUUUGAAACUUAUCGCAAAAAUUUCUUUUUAGAUAAAGUCCGUCCAGAAUAACUUCUCUGACCUCAUCAAAGUUGAAAAUUUUUGCUAGGAUGAAAAAAUUUCACUGUUUUUAUUGAUCUGUAUAAUGAAGAUCUUCAGACUCACAGCCUGCAUAUUUCCUAGUUUUCGAGAAAAAAAAAAUGUAAAAGUUUCGGAAUGGCUCAUUCAAUCGGUACUUAUCAAAUCAUGUUAUUUUCUCAAGAUUGUGAUGGUAUAUCAAUGGUUAUCUUUGAUAUAUUAAUUUUUCAAGUUUUUAAUCAUACAACUUUUAAAAAAUUAGAAAAUAUCCAAUUUUUUUAUUUUCGUGCUUGCAAAAAACUAUAUUUCUUCUUCUUAAUUUUUUUUUUCUGCAGCAUAAGUAAUUAGGAAGGAUUGCUACAUACUUAAGUUGGAUAAAGUUCCUGUCUAUGAGUUAAAAAAAUGUCAAAAGGGUGGUCUGUUAGGUUCUUGAGGCUUAAUCCUCGAGAAACACGAUUGGAGACCAUUUUUGAACGAGAUGAGCAAUCGGGGAUUGAUUUCGGCGAGUGCGGGCGACACCUGACUGCAGGCCGAGAGAUGGAUCGACGCGAUGGCUCCGCGGCUCUUUCUGUUAGCCGAAGCGUUCGAGCUUUGGUUCGCCGCCACAGUCAACCCACACCUUUUUCUGUCCCUCUCUCCCUCGCCUUGA